GUCGCUUCCGGUUGGGGCCCGGUGCCGGUUCGGGCCCGGCUGCGGGCGCCAUGGAGCCGGCAGAAGCGGAGUUCCUGGCCGAGAAGGAGCUGGUGACCAUCGUGCCCAACUUCAGCCUCGACCGGAUCCACCUGAUCGGGCUGGUUUUCCAGGGUGACCUGGGUCCCUUCAACCCUGGCCUGCCAGUGGAGGUGCCCGUCUGGUUGGCCAUCAACCUGAAGCAGAGGCAGAAGUGUCGGCUGGUUCCUCCCGAGUGGAUGGAUGUUGAAAAACUGGAGGAAAUCCGGGACCAGGAACGCAAGGAGGACACCUUCACUCCCAUGCCCAGUCCCUACUACAUGGAGCUGACAAAGCUGCUGUUAAACUAUGCCUCAGACAACAUCCCAAAGGCCGACGAGAUCCGCACGCUGGUGAAGGAGACGUGGGACACGCGGCUGGCCAAGCUGCGGCUGUCGGCGGACAGCUUCGUCAGGCAGCAGGAGGCUCAUGCCAAGCUGGAUAACUUAACCCUGAUGGAGAUCAACACAACUGGGACUUUCCUUACUCAAGCCUUGGACCACAUGUACAAGCUCAGGACUAACCUUCAGCCUGGUGAGAGUGCCCAUUCCCAGGAUUUCUGAGGUACCAGCCCUCAGACCUCCCCACAGAGUGCAGCAGAAAGGAGCAGGCUCCACUCCUCACCCUUGGACCUUCACCUGACCACCCUCCACCUCCCUGCACAGCCCUUCUGAAGCCACCACAGCCUCAGCUGCUGCCGAGGAGGGGUUGCAGGCAGGGGAGGGAGCAGGCAGCCUCAUGGACAGCUGGGAAUUGCUCUGGAGCUGCCGGUAGCACAGGAACAUCUCUGCCCAGUAGUUCCCAGAUGCUCCCUCUUGGCAGAGGUGAGUUUUUCUCUCUCAGGUUCAGAGCUCUGCCAGGUGCAGGUGGUAGGUGGGUUGUCACCCUGGCUGCUGGCUAAUGAUGUCAGGCAGACCUCUGGGCCCUGGAGAGCCUGAGUGUACUUCAGAGAGGGAACUUCUGAGGGCAGCACAGGCCACACACUGCCUUGAAAGCCAGGGAUUUCUAGGCGGUGCUUUGCCAUGGAUUUUUCUCGGAGCUUUGAAGGGGGGGGGGGGGGGGGGGGAGAAGCUGAUGUGCCGGCAGCAAGAGGUGUCUGCUGGGGAGAUCAGCUGGGAAGCAGAUCCAUCUGCUCUUUGCAGAAGGACAAAAGAAAAUGGCUUUCCCUCUCCCGAGCCUUGCCUUGUGUCACCAUACACCUGCCUUUAUUAUUAUUACUAUUUUCUUUUUUUAAGCAGAAACUGAGUGUAUAAAAAAUAAAACCAGGAACUGCCGAGUGAAUGGGGUUUGAACUGGUGGCUGUGCUGUGGGGGACAGGGGUUAAACAACGCUUGGAAACGCCCCCUCCCCCCCGCGGCAACCCGGCAGGCAAGGGCAGGAUCCUCCCCGGCGUCGGGUGCCUCGGUGGCAGAUGUAAUUAGCGAUGGCAGAUGUAAUUAUUCCGGGUAAGAAAGGGGAGGGAAGGGGAAGUACCGGCUGGAACCCAAAGGUGGGGAGCGGUGCCCUUCCCCUCAGCACCUGGGCCAGCACUUGCCCAGCCCCUGCUUGUCAUCUGUGCCCUGCCUGCCUUCCCAGGAGCUCUGACAAGGUGAGGGUGGCAGGAGCUGC